AUGUCUGCCGCACAACAGCUAAUAGCACACUAUCUCAAGACCAACAACCUCACACGCACGUUGGAGGCAUUCGAGCUGGAGCUCAAUAAGAAGUUUGACUGUUCAGUUGAGGAAUCCUUGGAGACUAUUCUGAAGGACAGACUUGCCUAUCUGUCGUUGGAAAAGCCAGAGUUCGAGAACACCAAGUCUCUAUGGACCGUCGAUGCCCCAAAAAGCCAUGAAACUUUGGAAUUGGGCACUCUAAAGUCCCUUGUAAUAUCGUCAUCUUUUGUAAAGUUAGAGAUUGGCACCAAAUGUUUGUCCUUGGGACUAUUUGUGACCAAUAACAAACAGGUCCACUUUUUCGAUCUAGAGAAGCGCAGAAACCUGCUAGUCAAAAAUGACCUCCAUGGUUCAACAGCAACAAAGCUUGUGGCAGGAGUCGACGGAACUGACAUACUUUUCUCUUGCGGUAUGGAUGGGAAAUUAAGGGUCUGGAGAGCUAGUUACGAUAAUGAGCUUCAGCUGGAGCUUUUGAGUGAAGACCAAUUACACAAGAGGCUCGUUCUCCAAAUGAAAUUCAAGCAAAUGGAUAGAAAAUCAGGCUUUUUAGUCUCCACUGGAUGGGAUUCAAAAUUGGUGGCCACUAAAGUCAAUCUUCAGGACGGAACCAUCGAGAAAUUGAACGAGGUGAAUUUGCUUACGAGAGCAAGUUGUCUGCUGAUCACCGCGGACUCGAGCAAUUAUCCUGUAAUUCUUGUGGGACGCACAGACACUUCGAUGGUUGGAGUGUACACCAUCCACGAUCGUAUUUUUGAGAUUGGACGCUUAGCACUGAAUGACUCUGAGUUCUCUAGCCAUUCGUUUCAUCCCAUGGCAUUUGCAAAAAUUGAGAGUGAUAGUGUGGUAGCAGCUACCAAUCAUAUUCCCUACAUGAGAUUGAUUACCUUUAAAAUUCCGGCGAUUGCUGAUCUCAUAGGCGUCGAAGAGACUGAAGUGGCCGCAAAAAUUGCGGCGGCGAGCGUGCUGGCCACAGAUAGCGAGUCUUUUCAGACGAAUGUAACCAUCAGACGAAACAUUAUUGUCUCCAAUUUUAAUUCAAUGUCGCCCCAAGACAAAUUUUCUGACCCCAUAGUGAAAACAAGACCCCACAAAGAUGGGAUCUGGAUAUUUGGAGACGACGGUAUUGUCAGAGGCUUUGACGUGGGAGCAGGGUCUGUGGUUGAGGAACUGAAGACACACGAGGGCCGAAUCAAAUCUGCCUUUGUGGCCGAGGUGGGCAACACAGAGACUAUCGUGAGCUGUGGUGCCGUAGAUAGGGUUGCGAGUGUUUGGCAAUAG